UUGGUUCGUGGGUGUUGGUGUAAAAUGGUGUAUGUUGAUCGUAAGAGAAGUAACCGUUGAACAACAACGAAGUAAGACGUAAUUCGACUAUUCCAAUUUCCAAGAAAGUUCAUUAAAUUCCAGCAAGGGUAGGGAAGGUAAGCAGGUAAGGCAUAUUUAUACCGGGAGGACAUGAUGGAUACUCCGCGGAAUCUCCGCCCCGACUUACUUAAUUAUCAGAUCUACAUCCGGUUCCGCUCCGAUGAUCGGGUUCGGUGGUGGAUGUCUUCUCCGAGUCCGAGGCCGAGGCCGAGGCCGAGAUUGAGAUUGAGAUUGAGAGUGGGAUUGAGAUUGAGAUUGAGAUGGUGUGCUGUAGGAGGAUUUAUGUGGUGCGGAAUUGUUCUGAUGGUCAGUGUAUGUAGGUUAAUUGGUGUGGAUGUUUAGGGUACUCUAUUUUUGGGGCGCGGAGAGGACUGGGAGUUGGCUUGGGGGAUGGUAUGA